CAAUUCGGGGGCUCUCUUCUGAAGGGGUUGCAGGUGACUGGAUUCAUAAGUCAGGAGAACUCUUCUCUAGGGGCUACUAAAGGGGGGUAUUACUGGGAGCCUAGAUGAGGGAUGCAGGACUCCCCCCUCGGGAGUGCAUGGGUAACUGAGCGUCUCCAGGAAUAGGGUUUAGGUGACUCUUUGGGGCUCCCCUGAUUGGUGAGGCUUGUGUCACUUCCCCCUCCACCUACCCUAUUACCUGUUGGAUUCAGUUCCUGCACAGGCGCCUGCCAGCAGCUGCUUAGCUUCACCUCUUGUUGGGGAUUGAUUCCCAAAGUACAUUUCCCUGCCUUGUGAUGUGGGGUUAUGCAAAGUGUUACAACAGGACACCUGAAGUCUCCUUCUAACUUACUUGGGCUCUCAAUCAUUUAGAUUCUCCCAAGUUUGAGAGCCCAGGGUUGCCGUCUGUCUAUUUGUGUCAGUCUUAAGGGGGAAAAAUUGUGUGAACAACAUUCCCAUGUUCACAUCGCUAAUUUGCCCAAUGAUGUUGGAUUUUUGUAUCCUGACAUGAAGACAUGUUGUCAUGACAUCACAUUGCUAUAUGAAACUUGAGAUAUAUUUGGGAGGGAAGGCAGAUCUAUGACGAUCAAGGGUAGUGUUGUGAAUUUUGGGAUGGGCUUCAGCCCUUGUUUGCAUAAUCCAUAUUUGUUGUGAGCCUGAUCCUGCAAUCUUUAUGCGAGUACCCUCAUUGAGGUACUGUCUUCUGGAAGGCUAACAGGAGCAGCUAAGUUAUCAAGUGGAAAAAAACAAUAUCAAACAAGUAUAUUUAUAAGAGGAAGUAAACAGGGAAUGUCUUUUUCAGGAUUGGCUUAAGAAAAGCAUGCCAUUCUGAUGUGGACUCUGGCUACUCUCUCUAUUCCACUGACUCUGAGGAUCAGGUUGUAACUAUACAUAAUGGGCUUGAUCGCUGUGCAGCUUUACUGCAGGAUAUUUUGCAAAAUGAGGCCACAGGAAUGGAGACAGUAAAUCGAAAACCAGGAAAAGUAACUUCUGUUAAGGCUACUACCAGGCCUAUACUAACCAAAGGAAAUAGUUCAAAAAAGAAAGGACUGAAGAAAAAUGUUCUUGCUGCCCAUAUUCAUAAAGAAAUUGUGCCCGUGUCAAAUAGGAAACCAGCCUCUUGUAAUACACUUGCUGUUGACAAAGAGGGAGAACUUUCCAGCGCAGUACAAAAUCAGCCUGUUCAACCAAUUCAUGUGCCUUUUAAUCAACAGUCUCCUGUGAUGCAUCAGAAACUGUGUGAGCAUGUGCAAACCCAAAUGUCUCUGAUAACUGGCCAAGUUCCACCGAGCUGUAAUGGAAUUCCCACUGUACCUGCUUACCCUGUUCUAGAUCCUGGAUAUCAAAGUGUUACAGCAUUUAAUUAUCGUUUACCUACCUCCACACCAACUCUGUCCCCGCAGCAUGCAUCUAAUCCUUUACUCAUUCAGUCUGGUGUUUCUGCUGAUAGUUACAACCAGUGUGCACCACAAGCAGGAGGAGCUGUGUUUUUCCCAGGAGUUUCUGCUGCUGCUUGUGUUUCUUCACAAGCGAAGUCUGUCACCACUGAUCCUCAGAUGACACCCUGUGUACCACUAAAUGUGCCAAAUAAUUCCACAGUAUCUACAUUUCUUCCAGCAUCUUAUGGCAGAGAGAUGAUUUCAAACCAAGGAAAUCAUGAGCAACGGGUAAAGGAAGCAGACUUGAUAAGAUGUAUACAAGCUCAUCUGGCUCUCUUAGAACCACAUGAAUCAGAGAGUGACUGGGCUGGUCAGAAGUACCAGAAAUUUGAUCCAGCACAGUCCAAGGUCUCAGAUACCAAAGAAGAGGAAACCACUGAGGAACAUAGUGAGGGUACUACCAGUGAAGAAGAGGACUUGCAUGCAGUUGACAUAGCACCAGUGAGGGAGACAAGCUGUCAGACAAGUUUUGACAAAAAAGUUUUAAAGCCUAAAAAAGCAAGCCCAGAAAAAACAGCCCAAAAAGUUAAAACAGUAAAAUAUCUUUUGGGAGAGCUCAAGGCACUGGCAGACCAAGAUGAUUCUGAAAUAUUGAGGCUAAUACAUGAGGUAGAAGACUGUGUUUCAUUACUGCCAGCAGUAGUUGGAAGUACUAAUGUACAAGCUGAAAUAGCACUUGCUAUACAACCUCUCAGAAGUGAAAAUGCCCAAUUGCGUAGGAGAUUACGAAUAUUGAACCAGCAACUCCGGGAGCGAGAGAGAGCUGAAAAGGAAUCCAGCCUGGAUUGCAACUUUGAAUUAGUUUCUCUACAGUCCCUGAAUAUGACACUCCAGAGUCAACUCAAGGAAUCUUUAAAGGGCCUUGAAUCACUGCACAAUAAAAAUGAAGAACUCCUUAAAAUAAUAGAAAACCAGAAAGAAGAAAAUAAACAGUUUGCAAAAGUUAUCCAGGAGAAAGAUAAAGAACUGCUUGAAAACAAACAGCAGUAUGACAUUGAAGCUACAAAGCUAAAAAUUGAAGUGGAUGAGGCACUGGCAAAUGUGAAGAGCUUCCAGUUUAAGUUGGAAGCCUCGGAAAAAGAAAAUCAGAUCUUGGGCAUAACAUUACGUCAACGUGAUGCAGAAGUGAACAGACUGCGUGAAUUGACUCGAACCUUGCAGAGCAGCAUGGCCAAGCUUCUCUCUGACCUCUCUGUAGACCAUGUUAGACAUAGACCUGAAAAAGGUCUUACAAAAUCUCUUCUGGAAGACUAUGAGAAACAGCUGAAACCCAACCCAUUCCCUGUGAGUACUUCCAUAAUGAGUUACCUCAAAAAAUUAGAUAGUGAUCAAAUUUUGACAAAUACAGAACUUCAGUUUUCAAAUAAAACUGGAGAAUUGGAAAUGCCAGUUUUAGACCAUGAAAAUUUUGUUGCUGAAGGAUCUCAUAAAAAAAGUACACUGUUAGCAGAGGAAAUAACAGCUCAAAGAAUUCUUCCUCCCCUGUCAAAGCAAGAUACAGAAACAAUUAGUGAUUCUGGGACUUUAAUAGAGGAAGAACACAAACUGGAUGAGACCAUUUAUAUUCCAUUGACUAGCAGCACCUCUAAAAAACAGCUAUCAAUAUGUGAAAGAAAAAUGUGUGCACAACACCAGGUCAGUGUGGCUUCCAAGAAGUUGGACUAUAACUGUGGGCUCUCUGACUCUCAGAAGCAGAAUGGAUUUGGGAUGUUGGAUGAUGAAAAGAUUUUUGAUAAACUCAGUGGUGGCUACGACUUGAGAAAGACCAUAGAAAAUACAUCUGAAACCACAGGGAAGACAACUGAGCUGGAAGGAGACAGGCCCCUAGUGAGGCCAAAAGAAAUAAUUGGAACUGCUAAAGAUUUCAGAGACAAAUCAGAUAGACCUCAGUCUGAUAAAUACCUUUACACUUGCAUGCCACAACAGAAGGAGAACUUUCAGAAAAAAGGCACUGAAAUGUCUGACUCUAGUUUCUCUACUUUUGACUGCAUGUCAGGAAAAUCUGAAUGGAGCAUGUCUUCCUUCUCAACAUUUACUUCACGAGAUGAAGAAGACUUUAAAAAUGGGCUAGCAGCCUUGGAUGCCAACAUAGCUAGAUUACAAAGGACUUUGCAGACUGGCAUUAUGAAACAGUGAAUGAGGAAACUAAAGACUGUAUUUUGUUCAGAUAAUUGUUAGGUUUUUUUUAGUAAUUUAAUAUGAUGUAUAGUUUUUGGAAUGUCAAUAUUUGUAUUGUUUUGUAUAAAAUGGCUGGUUCCUAAUAGUUAAAUUAUGACGAAUUUAUUUUCUUGGUUAGUGAAUGAAGGUGCUAUUUCCCUUGUGAAAACUAUCAUAAUUAGUGCAAGGGAAGCGUUAUUUAAAAUUCUUAAAUGCAGAGAUUAAAAUUAAGUUUUAUACUAUAGGCAAUAAAACCUUUUUCUAUUAAAUGGUGGAUGAAACAUUUGUUUGGUUUCAAUAUACACUUCAAAGUAGUCACAUUUUAUCUGAAUAUAAACUAAUAUCUCAAGAUGACAUGAGUCAGAAAAAAGCAACAAAGUCCUGUGGCACCUUGAAGACAAACAGAUGUA